AUGGUUCGAUCCGAAUUCGCCGGUGAUCAAGUCAUUCAACGAAUAUCACAAGCGGCAGUACAUGCAUGGAGAACAGAUUCACUCUUCAAGUUGCAUUUUCACGAAACAGGUCGUCUAUCGCUUGCCAACUCUCCGAUCAACGUACCAGAAAUUCUUCAACUCUAUCAAGAACUCUCCACCAGUCCACAUCGAGAUCAAGUCCGCUGGUUAGAUAAUGCAGAGGAGAUCAAGACUUUUGCCCCUUAUCUUACUGGUGCCAUGACCGGAUGGAAGGGUGUUUUCAAUCCCGAAGGCGGAUGGGUUCAUGCUCGGAAUGCGAUGAAAACGUUAGGUGAUGAGUGUGUCAAAAUGGGAGUCACGUUCGUAAGGGGAACAGCAAUCAAACUCAUCUACCAUGCCAGCGAUCUCAAAGUCAUUGGUAUCGAGUGUGCCGAUGGUACGAAAUGGUUUGCCGACAAGAUUGUUCUUGCCUGCGGGGCUUGGAUCGACACGCUCAUCGAUAUGCAAGGGCAACUCGUGGCCAAAACGUGGACACUUGCUCACGUUCAAAUUAGGGAUGAAGACGAACGUCGCAAGCUCAAGGGAACACCAGUCGUGUUCGAUGUCGAAAAAGGCUUCUUUUUCGAGCCGGAUCACGACACUGGCAUGGUCAAAGUGUGCAACGAGUAUCCUGGAUUUACGAACUACCAACAUAUUCUAGUCAACGGCAAAGAAAAAUGGGUUAGCGUGCCCGUUCACUCCGAUUCCAUCCCCGCUCGGUCCUCUCGAGAAAUCCACGAUCUCUUGCGUUCGAUGAAACCAGAAUGGGCCAAUCUGCCUCUACACAAUGCCCGAAUGUGCUGGUGCACGGACACAGCAGACAGCCAUUAUUUAAUCACUCCACAUCCGGACUAUGCUAGCACGCUCAUCUUGGCAAGUGGUGCAUCAGGACAUGGAUUUAAAAUGCUGCCUAUAAUUGGAAAAUAUGUGGCAGAUUUGGUAGAAGGGAAGAAGCUGGAGCCCCUCUUUCAAGAGACCUGGCGCUGGAGACCUGAAAUGAAUGUUGGCAAGAGAUUAUCUGAUGACUCACGACCAGGCAUAGGCGGAGAUUUGAAUGAUGCAGAACAAGUCGGUUGGAAGGAUGAGACUCAGUCGGCUACAACUUAUCAUUCGGCUACAACUUAUCAUUCGGCUACUGAACACUGA